CACUGCUCUGCUUCUGUCAACUGCGACUCGACAAACGAUCAGUGUUUGAGUCUUCCAUCUUUUUCCCUCCUCUCCUUUACUUUUCACCCCUAUUCUUCUCCUUGUUAAUCUCCUCUCUUCUCCUCUCCUCUCUUUCUUUGUAAAUUCACUUAGAGUUAAUUGCUUCCAGCAGGCUUUUCUCUCAGUCUGUCACGCUGCUAUCCGUCAUGUGAGGACAGUGUGCAGGCUUGUUAUCGGGGGGCCUGUGGAUUGCUGCUGUGUGGAGGAAAGGCCUGGCACACAACACAUCAACUGGCUUGUCCAUUUUAUCGUGGAGUUUCGUGGACCUUGUGUGUUGCUGCUACAGCCAUGAGAUCCUUUGCAGUGUAGAGAUUUUCUGCUGUUUGCUGUUUGGGACUGGAGGACAGAUUUUCUUAAAUGGCUGAGGAGGUUUUAAUUCCAUCUUCAGGGAAAAUCACAUCGCAACUGACCAGCUCUUUGUUGGCGGUCGCAUUUCUUACCUCCUUCGGGAGCUCCAUGCUUUAUGGCUACAAUCUGGCAGUGGUCAACUCCCCGUUUGGUUACAUAAAGGAUUUCUACAACAAGACAGUGGUUAGUCGUAAUGGAACAGGACUCAGUGAGGAGACCCUGACCCUCAUGUACUCCCUUACUGUGUCUGUCUUCGCUAUUGGAGGUCUGCUGGGCUCCCUUAUCGUGGGCAUACUGGUCUCUCGCUUUGGCAGGAAAGGCACAGUGGUCAACACAACAGUGCUGGUGUUUAUCGCUGGCUCAUUCAUGGGCUUCAGCAGGAUUUGUGGUUCACCUGAGAUGGUCAUCAUUGGCCGCUUCAUCACAGGAAUUCACUCAGGCAUCUCUCUGAGUGUAGUACCAAUGUACCUGGGUGAGAUAGCACCUAAGAACCUACGGGGCUUCCUGGGUCUCGUGCCGAGUAUCUUUAUUGGCACCGGAGUCUUCGCCGCCCAAAUCCUCGGCUUACAUGAGCUUCUAGGAAAGGAGGAGCACUGGCCCAUCUUUCUUUCAGUGGUAGUGGUACCCACCUUUAUCCAGUUGAUGCUGUUGCCAUGGUUCCCAGAGAGCCCCAGGUACCUGCUGAUUGAGAAGCACAACGUCCAUGCCACCAUCACAGCCCUGAAGUGGUACAGAGCCAAGUGUAACAUCCAGGCUGAGAUUGAAGAGAUGCAGGAGGAGCAGCGCUCUCUGUCCUCAGUGGAGACGCUGUCCGUAUGGAAACUGUUGCUGGAUGACACAGUCCGCUGGCAGGUGCUCAGCGUGAUGGUCAUCAACGUCGGCAUGCAGCUGUCUGGCAUCGAUGCUAUCUGGUUCUAUACCAAUGACAUCUUUAAAUUUUUAACCCAUGUUACAUACAAGCUCACUAAGUGUUUCUCCAUAGAGAAGCUGGGCAGGAGGCCUCUCAUGAUCGGGGGAUUUGCCAUGAUGGGCUUCUGCAGUGCUGGCAUCACAGUAGCCCUCAUUUUACAGACUCACCUAUCAUUCAUGCACUACGUCAGUGUCUGCUGUGUGGUCGGCAUCAUCGCUGGCUUCUGUAUCGGUCCAGCGGGGGUUCCCUUCCUGAUCACAGCAGAGCUGUUUAAACAGUCCCAUCGUCCAGCGGCCUACAUCGUUGGAGGAUCACUGAACUGGCUUUCUAACUUUACUGUGGGCUUCGUCUUCCCCUUCUUACAGAUGUCAGCGGGGUCUUACUGCUACUUGGUGUUUGGCACCAUUUGUCUGGGCGUGGCCGUCUAUGUCUACAUUGUGAUCCCAGAGACCAAAAACAAGACCUUCAUGGAGAUCAGCCGGUUGUUCUCUAAGAAGGAGGCAGUCCUAGAGACCCAGGGCCUGAUCCAUGUGGACCAGCUGAAACUGAAGAAGAUGAACGGCUAUGGUGGUGUAGAACAUGCUUCGCUGGAGUUUGACAGUUCUUCAUCUGUACCUUAACUGAGCUUCAGGGUCUCACUGGGACUACAAAACCAUUCAUUACUUCUUCUUCAUUAUACUGUUUUGAUAUAGACACAUCAGCCAACACACCGCCUCUCCCCAAAAGCAUUCUCCACCGCACCGGGCCUGAAAACCUCCUCCUCCCAGCAUUCCAAAGCUCCUGUGCUAGUGAUGUAAACAUUAGUCUAUAUCCUUUCGUUCCACUUCCGGGAUUGCUCUGUUGCCAACGGAAAUUCCUCCAGAUUUCAAUAAUUUAGGCCGGAUAUCCGUUGCCUUGGGCUUCCUUUGUGUUGGCGUUCUAA